AUGUCAGAGAAGUCAUACAACAUCCUCGUCCUCCCCGGCGACGGGAUUGGGCCUGAAGUUAUGGCCGAAGCCACCAAGAUCCUCUCCCUUUUCAACACAUCCACCGUCAGAUUCAGGACCCAGACGGAACUUAUCGGUGGCUGUAGCAUCGACACCCACGGCAAAUCGGUGACGCAGGCUGUCCUCGAUGCUGCCGUAUCCUCUGAUGCAGUCCUCUUCGCUGCCGUUGGAGGCCCAAAGUGGGACCAUAUCCGACGCGGACUCGACGGACCCGAGGGAGGGCUGCUCCAGGUACGGAAGGCUAUGGACAUUUAUGCAAAUCUGAGACCGUGUUCCGUUGAUAGCCCAAGCAGGGAGAUCGCCAGAGACUUCAGCCCCUUCAGGCAGGAUGUUAUAGAGGGGGUCGACUUCGUGGUCGUGAGGGAAAAUUGUGGAGGCGCAUACUUUGGGAAGAAGGUUGAAGAAGACGAUUAUGCAAUGGACGAAUGGGGCUACUCAGCCUCCGAAAUACAGCGGAUUACUCGACUCUCGGCGGAGCUCGCGCUGCGACACGAUCCUCCCUGGCCUGUGAUCUCUCUCGACAAAGCCAACGUGCUGGCCUCGUCGCGUCUCUGGCGCCGGGUUGUCGAAAAGACCAUGAGCGAGGAAUACCCGCAGGUGAAGCUUGUCCACCAGCUUGCUGAUUCGGCGUCCUUAAUCAUGGCCACGAACCCGCGCGCUCUGAACGGCGUCAUCUUGGCGGACAAUACCUUUGGCGAUAUGGUAUCCGACCAGGCAGGCUCUCUGGUCGGAACGCUGGGUGUCCUGCCUAGCGCGAGCUUGGAUGGUUUACCCAAGCCGGGAGAGCAGAGGAAGGUACAUGGGCUCUAUGAGCCGACGCAUGGGUCUGCCCCGACAAUUGCCGGUAAGAACAUCGCCAACCCGACAGCGAUGAUCCUCUGCGUUGCGCUGAUGUUCCGGUACUCGUUCAACAUGGAGGCCGAGGCGCGGCAGAUUGAGGCUGCAGUACGCACUGUUCUCGAUAAGGGAAUUCGAACAUCUGAUCUUGGAGGUUCGACGGGAACUAGAGAGUUUGGCGAUGCGGUUGUUGCGGCGUUGAAGGGAGAGCUCUGAUCUG